UUGUGCCAAAUAUAUCAAGUGGCUUUGUUUGCGUAUGAUCUUUAAUCUGCUGCUUUGCUCAAAGCCACAGCUGGUUACUUGCACAAUUAUCAAGUCCCUGCCAGGAUUUCCUGGUUCCCUUCCCUUCAAACUUGAAACUGGGUAUAUUGGGGCUGAUGAGAAAGAAGAUGUGCAGCUCUUCUAUUACUUUGUUGAAUCUGAAAGAAACCCAAGGGAUGAUCCUCUUAUGCUCUGGCUCACUGGUGGUCCGACUUGCUCUGGUCUAUCUGGGCUUGCUUUUGAGAUAGGCCCUAUGAAGUUUAACAUGGUAGAGUAUAAUGGUAGCUUACCAACUUUUGUGAUUAAUCCGUACUCAUGGACAAAGGUUUCCAGCAUAAUAUUUGUGGAUGCACCUAUUGGCACCGGGUUUUCAUAUUCAAGAAGCUCGAAAGGGUCCAGUGAUACUUUCUUUGUUAAUCAUAUUUAUGGUUUCCUCAAGAAGUGGUUACUCUCUCACCCUGAAUUCAUUUCAAACCCAAUCUACGUUGCUGGUGACUCAUUCUCUGGCAUGAUUGUUCCAGUUGUAGCUGAAGAAAUAGCGAAGGGUAUUGAAGCUGGAAGCAUACCAGAAAUCAAUUUCAAAGGUUAUCUACUUGGGAACCCAUCGACAGAUAUUAAUAUUGAUGCGAAUUCAAGGGUUCCAUUUGCCCAUCGACUCGCACUUAUACCAGAUGAACUCUACAAGUCAGCAAAAAAGAGUUGCAGAGGACUGUACACAGGAAUCAACCAAAGCAAUAAACAAUGUGCAAUGGAUCUCCAGGCUUUCUCAGUGUGCACUGAAAAAUUAAAUUUUGAGCACAUCUUGGAGCCUCAGUGUAGACCAAGCUCUGAUUCAAAUAGUAAGGACCACCAGAAGAAUCUCCUAGAAAGCUCGGAAGAUUCGCAAUUUAAACUUAACUUGAUUCAUCUGAGCCUUUUUCCAAAACUUCAAGAGCCAGGACUUGGUUUUCCAAAAUUUGGGUGCAGGGAUUACAAGAAUUUGCUGAUCCAUGUUUGGGCGAACGAUGAUAAUGUUCAAAAGGCGCUUCAUGUUCACAAUAGGAUUUUCUGGAUGAGAUGCAACAGCAGCAGCUUGCCAUACAGAAGAUAUUUCCAAAGUGUGGUUAGCUAUCAUCUAUCUCUCAACACGAGAGGUUAUCGAGCUCUAAUAUACAGCGGUGACCAUGACAUGGUGGUACCCUACCUGGGAACCCUCGCAUGGAUUAGGUCUCUGAACUUUACCGUCAUUCAUCUCUGGAGACCGUGGCUGGUUGACGGUGAAAUUGCAGGAUACUCAAGGAAACAUUCAAACGACUUUACAUUUGCAACUGUUAAAGUAAGAGUGCUUGUGAAUUUCCUACACUAAGGGAGGAGGUCACACAGCUCCAGAGUAUAAGCCUAAGGAGUGCUUUGCCAUGUUCAAAAGGUGGAUCUCCCAAGACCCACUGUGACCACCGUUUCCAGAGUUGCAAAAUUUUUAGUUACAUAAGCACCUUU